AUGCGUAUGGAAAUAUACGCAAAGUCUUAUGAUGUCAAGGUCUGGCGAGUUAUCCAAAAGGGGAACUAUCCUUUGCCGGCUGCUGCUCAACCACCUGUUGAUCCUGAAAAUAUAGAUGAAUAUACUGAUGAACAAAUGGCAGUUGUGCAAGUUAAUGCUAAAGCAAGGAAUCUGCUUUAUAAUGCUAUAAGUGGUGAGGAAUAUAGAAAAAUCUCCAGUUGCGAUACAGCCAAAGAGAUGUGGGAUAAACUUGAAGUUACUUAUGAAGGAACCAGUAAAGUGAAAGAAACCCAUAUCAACAUGUUGGUUCAUGACUACGAACUCUUCCAUAUGAAAGAAGGAGAAUACAUUGAAGAGAUGUUUGCCAGAUUUAGUAAAAUCAUUAGUGAUCUAAAAGCUUUUGGCAAACCAUACUCAAGUGGUGAUCAAGUUAGAAAAAUUUUAAGAAGUCUAACCACUACUUGGCAGACAAAAGUGUUUACACUUGAAUCACUGGAUUUGAACAAAUUAUCAUACUAUGAACUUCGAGGAGAACUUAUAGCCUUCGAGAAAACUCAUCUCAAGAAAACAAACCGAGAAGAAAAGAAGAAAACAGUUGCUUUCAAGGCUACAACUGAAAGAGCAGACAAUGAUAUUGAUGACGACCCUGAAGCUCUUCAAGAAGAAAUUGCCAUGGUUUCCAGAGGUUUUAAUAAGAACAAAUCAUUUGGAAGCUGGAGUGAUGAAGACAGUUCAGAACACGAAGAGAUAGCAAAUCUAUGUUUCAUGACAAUUCUGGAAAACGACAUGAACAAACUCUCAGGGUGCUGGACAGAUGAGGACACUUCAGAUGACAAUGAGAACUGUUUCAUGGCGCGAGGUGAAACAAGCAAGAGACUCAACAAAGAAGUAAAAGACUGGAAACUCAAGCUUGAAGUAUGCAAAAUUGAAAAAGUACUUCAAGAUGAGUUUCAGGAAUUGCAAAUGCAACUCAAUGGCUUGCGCAAAUCCACCAGUCAUAGUUCUGUCAAGUCGAACCAAGCGACUUACAAGUCAACUGGAGAAGGACCAGCCAGAACAGAGUCCACUAGUGACAAAAACCUGUUUAAAGAAGUUACAAAAAUAGAUGGAGGAAGUGUCAAAUUUGGUGAUGACUCAAAAGGAAAAAUAGUCGGUACCGGAACAGUUCCUUUCAAUAAUAAUUGUGAUAUCACUAAGGUUUAUCUUGUUGACAGACUUAACUACAAUCUUCUUAGUAUAAGUCAGCUAUGCGACUCAGGGUAUGAAGUAAAGUUCAAGAAAACAUGUUGUGCUAUUGAAGAUAAGACAGAAGAAUCAGUACAUGAUAUCUUUGAUGAAAAUAACACUUCGGCCGAGAAAGGAACUGUUGCAGGUGAUGAAGAUCAAAUUCAAAAAAUUCAGGAGACAAGCAAAUCUCAAGAGUCGACUAAUAAACCUGAUGGUGUAAUGGAGUCAACUAAUGAGAUUAGCAACAGUCAAUCAGAAUCUCCGAAGGAGUCAAAUACUCAUACAAGUACAAUUCGUCCAAAUAAAUGGAGAGGUGAACCAGAAUAUCCUCAAAAGUUUAUCAUAGGAGACCCAAGCGAAGGAAUGAAAGCCAGGGGAGCUCUCAAGAAGAAAGCAAACAUAGCACUGAUUUCCUAG